AUGACCUUCCUAACUGAUGAGUUAGAGCAAAGAUUAAUUACUCAAAACAAUAAAGAAGAUACAGUUGAUUCUAAUUGUCCCAUGGGGAUGAAAAACUCUAAAGAGUCACCCAGCUCUCUGAGAAAUGUUGAAAAAGACAAAUGCCAGUUAACACCAGUGGCAAAGAAUGAAUGCCACAGAGAUUUUGAAAACCUAUCAAAUGAGAAUCAUGAUGAAGUCUGUUUCCAAAUGGAUUUUCCACCAAACACUGCUGAAUCUAACUGUGCAGUGUGUGCUACAGAUAAUCUGUUUCUUUUUGAGAAAACACUGACCAAUGUUGCAGACCAGUACGGCAACCAAGAUGAAAAAAGGCUUGGACUAACCAGUUGCAAACAGGAGCCAGCAGAAUGCCAAAGGAUUUCAUCAACAAGGUCAAAUUCUGAAGAUGAGAACAAAAAUGACUCAAACGAAAAUUACUAUCACCAAAUAGACAUAUUGCUGUCACCUCAGAAACAGAAGGCUUUGAAAGAUUGGAAUUUGGAAAUAAAUAGCCUCCAAAAGUUACCCCCGGAAUUGGCUCCAAGAGGUGGAAGAGCCAGUGAUGGUUCCCAGGAAGAAGCAGUAGACCAGUGGGCCAGGAGGAGGCAGCAAUUCAAAGAAGGCAAAAGAUGCAGUUCGGUGGGGGGCAGUUCAUUCACCAGCAACGUCACCGAAGGAUCCA